AUGGCAGUCGUGUCGGCAAAAACGCCGGCUAUCAAACUGAACACUGGGUAUGAGAUGCCGCAGUUAGGUCUGGGCACAUGGCAGGCCAGUGGUGACCCCGUCACUCAGGCGGUUAAGGACGCCCUGGAGAUCGGGUACAGACAUAUCGAUACCGCCGAAGCUUAUAAAAAUGAGAAAGAAGUGGGGAAAGGCAUUCACGCGCAGAUCGGCGCCGGUAUUCUCAAACGGGAAGACCUGUUCAUCACAACUAAGGUGUGGCCGAACGGCAGUGAUCGGAAGAAGGCCCUGCAGACCAUCCAUAACUCCCUAAACAAUCUGAACGUCACUUAUUUGGACUUAGUUUUGGUGCACUGGCCUCAAGACAACUACACCGACAUCUAUAGUGGUCUGGAGGACGCCUUUGACCAGAAGUUAGUCCGAUCUAUCGGUGUCUCAAACUUCGGUCGAAACGAAAUCAAUACUCUGAAGAAGACGUGGAAAGUGGUGCCCGCAGUCAACCAAAUCAAUCUCCACCCGACCCUUAACCAGGACGACACCGUUGCCUAUUGUAAUGAA